AGUGUGUUGGAUGGAUCGGAGAAGCGACCACGAGCUGACUCUGGGGAGGCGUCUACUGGAGCAACCAGCCAAGUGGGAUCCGGGGCUGGGGGAGCAUCGUUGAGUGGGGGGAAUGAAGGAGGAACCGCUGCAACUCGAACCGGAAGGUCGCAACCAAGUCGCGAGGAGUUGCUCAAAGCUCAAGAAGCAUGGGAUCGGAAGGAUCGCCAGGCAUUUCAGUACCUGUGUUGGGCUUUGGAGGGGCAACUUGAGCUUCUUAAGAUGCUGAUUGACCUGAAGGGGAAGGAAGGUGCAGCAGCUGCAGCUUGGAAAAGAGUGCAAGAUAGGCACUUGCAGAAAGGGCUUCUAAGCGUGCUUACUUGGCGGAAGCGGUUUUACACCAUGGAGCGGAACUAUGGGGAGGGGGAGACCAUGGUUCAGUAUCUCCAGAGGGUGGAUGAGAAUGUGAGGGCUUUGGAGGAGCUGGAUUACACGGUAGAUGAGAAGGAGAUCAUCUAUACUGCACUCCAAGGGUUGGAUCAAGCGGCUAAUGAGGCAUUACUACAGUACCUUCACCUCGAGCAACAGAAAUGGACCAAGGUGUGGAUUUGGGAGGUUCUAAUUUCUGAUGAGGCUCGCAAGGUUGAUGCUGGAAGAGGCCUAGAAGGAGGCAUGGGUGUAGCAGAUAAAGCUUCCUUCAGGAAAGGCUAUCAACAGCAAGGAGGUGGGGGGAAGAAGAAAGAGUUGGACAAAUGCCUUGUGCCCGGAUGCAACAAAAAACACUCUUGGAAGAGUUGCUGGAGUAGGCCUGAGGGAUGGAAGCCUCACGGCUACUCUGGAGAGGCCCCACCAGUGACCAAACCUGAUUGGGUGGAGAAAAGGAUGAAGAAGGGGCUCUGGAAUAAGAAGGGCAGCAAGGGAGCAACGGCGGCAGCUGCUAAGGAUGAGAAGGGGAAGGGCCAAGACGACUCCUCCGAUGAUGGUUUCUCGUUUCUCAUGCUAGGGCAGGAUGCAGCUCUCGCUGGUCGUGCAUUGGCUGAUCCCAACUUCCUGGUUCUAGACUCUGGAGCAACAUCUGGGAUGCUUCCUCGCCGUGAUCUCUUCACCUCCUACCAUCCUCUCCCCCCAAAUUCGAGGAAUGUGAUUGUUGGGAGCGGAGAUUUGCUGCAAGCAAUUGGCAUCGGCACGAUCACCAUUAAGGGGAAGGAGGGGGAGCUAGUGGGUGUGAAGGGGGUCCUUCACGUCACUGGUUUGGCUGCAAACCUCCUUUCAUGCUCGCAGCUGGCUAAACAGGGAUACAUCUGCACUUUCACGGAGGGAGGGUGUACUGUUAGAAAGGGUGAAGCUGUGGUGAUGGAGGCAAAGCUGGACAAGGGUUUAUACCUUGUUCCAGCUUGUGUGCCUAAUUGUUACAAGGCACAUAUGGUUUUUUCUGAGGAAGCCGCUUGUAGCACUCGCUGGAGGCAGGUGGAAACGGUGUCACCUGAGUUGCUACACCUUCGCAUGGGGCACGCGGGGAAGCAGCAACUGCUGGAGUGUGUGAAGAAGGGGGAGCUGAAGGGGGUGGAGGUCAAGGAAGGAGCUGGGCAGCAGAGCAAAUGUCCCGACUGCACGUCUGGAAAGCUGCCUAGAACCUCAUUCCCUAUCUCCUCUGAUCAUGCCUCGACUCCCCUUGAGCUGGUGCACACGGAUGUGUGUGGACCGAUGCAAACUCCUGACCGGGAAAGGGGCAGCAGGUACUUUGUCACCUUUCUUGAUGACUUCAGUCGACUUAGCUGGGUCACCUUGGUGAAGACCAAGGAUGAGGUGGCAAAGGUGUUUAAGCGGUGGAUACGCUAUGUGGAGAGGGAAUCAGGGGCCAAGGUAAAGGUGUUAAGGUCAGAUCGGGGUGGAGAGUACCUUGGGAAAGAACUUCAAACCUUCUUGGAAGAAAAGGGUAUUACCCACCAGCUCUCUGUACCUUACACGCCGCAGCAAAAUGGGGCAGCGGAGCGGCUUAACAGGACCUUGACCGAUUUGGCUCGGGCCAUCCUUUCCCAUGCCGAGCUUGAUAACACUUGGUGGGGGGCAGCAGUGCAGUAUGCCAACUGGGUGAAGAAUAGGAUGGGCAGCAAGGGGCUUGGAGGCAAGAGCCCAUACUUCUUAUGGACAGGGAAGGUGCCGAAUGUUUCCAUGGCACGAGUGUGGGGGUGCAUGGCACAGUAUAAGGUACCUGACCAGCAAAGAAGGAAGCUAGAUCCUAAGGCACAGUGGGGGAUCUUCCUUGGGGUUUCUGAGAGGAGCAAGGCUUGGGUGCUGUGGAGUGUAGCUGACCAGCGUGUGAUGGAGAGCCGUGAUGUGGUUUUCCAUGAGGGGCUGAAUUUUAAGGGGUGGAAGGAGCAUGGUACAAGCCAAAGUGGGACUUCCAUUCAAGACCCUCAUACGGCUUCUAUCUUUGAGGGGGCAUGGGAGGACCCUGGAGAUGAAGGGGAGGAGCAGCAGGAGGAGCCAGAACCAGCUGAUCCUAACCAUGAGGAGUCCCGAGAGACAGAUUCUACCCCUCAGCCAGCCACGCAGGCCGAUGCGCGUGAUGAUCAGCCGGAGCAGCAUGUGCCUUCAACUCCAUCGAGAAGCAGUUGGCAGCAGUUGUUGGACCAGCAGCUGUCCAAGACUCCGAGGACUCCAAUGAAGAGGGUGACUUGGGAGGAGAAGCUGCGGAGGCUGGAAGAAGGAGAGGCAACACCUCUGCGACGCAGUGCUCGAAUUUCCCAGCCACCUGAAAGGUUUACCCCGGGGCACAUUGCACGCAUGCAUGAUCAUCUUGUGUCUGAUUUGAAUGAUUGCAUGCUUGUGGACAUGCAUGGGCAUGAGUAUGCUCUUGAUGUGUGUCUAAUGGGUCAGGUGCAUGAGCCUAGGUCAGUCCACGAGGCGCUGAACCGUCCAGAAUGGGUUGAGUCCAUGCAUGAGGAGCUUGAGUCUCACAAGGUAAAUGGAUCAUUUGAGCUGGUUGAUCCAGCAGUGGUACCACCUGGUUUGGAGGUCCUCAGGUGUCAAUGGGUUUGGAAAUACAAGCAUAACCCUGAUGGUACUGUUGAGAGGCCUAAGUCCAGAUUGGUGGUGAUGGGAAACACGCAGAAAUUGGGAGUACACUAUGAAGAAGUGUACUCUCCAGUUGGGAAGCAUGCGACCUUGAGAGGUAUGCUUGGAAUUUCAGCUGCUUUGGGGCUUGAUAUCCAUCAUAUGGAUGUCAAGACAGCCUUCCUCCAUGGGGAUUUGGAGGAAGAGCUUUACAUGCGGCAGCCCCCUGGUUUUGAUGAUGGGUCUCACCGAGCCGCUAAGAGAGUGUUGAGGUACCUGAAAGGUGGUGUCAAGUCAGGUAUCUUCUUCCAAACACAGCCCCAGUCUCAGGUCCAGCUAGUUGGCUUCAGUGAUGCUGACUAUGUUGGAGAUUCCGCAAGUCGCAGGAGCCACAGUGGGUAUGUGUUCUGUCUGAAUGGGGCAGCUAUCUCUUGGCAGAGCAAGAGGCAGCCCGUGGUAGCACUCUCUACCACUGAGAGUGAGUAUAUAAGUCUGUGUCAGUGCAUUCAGGAGGGUGUCUGGCUGAGGCGUUUGUUUGGGGAGUUUGGUCAUGAUCAUGCUGGUGGUGUGCCUGUGUUUGUGGAUAAUCAGUCUGCCAUUGCCCUUGCACAGAAUGCAUGCUUGCAUGGCCGCACCAAACACAUGCAGGUCCGGUGGCAUUUCAUUCGGGAGAUGGUAGCUGCGGGUGAGGUGAUUUUGCAGUGGUGCCCUACCAACCGUCAGGCUGCUGAUAUUCUUACCAAGUCUCUUCCAUUUGAGCACCAUGGUGUGUGCAUGACCUUGCUCGGGAUGCAGCCCCAUGAUGACAGGGUUCCCGCAGCAGAUGCCGGCGUCUUGGUGCUCCUCUCCUUGGCGGACUCCAUGCUCUGGGUGGCCCCAACCCAUGAGCAAGGGGGAGUGGUGUGAAGUCUUUUGCCCUAUGGUGUUGAGCCACACCCAGCACGAGCAAGGGGGAGUGAUAAAUGUGUAGUAUUCUGUGGUGUAGUUUGCUCUAGCUGGUUGUGGGCUAUUGGGUUUUGGGCAAAAGGACUUGGGUUGGUUGGCAAGGUUUGAACUUGUUACCUUUCCAACCCAUACAACCUCAAAUCCACUACAACAUCUUUGAUGUUGCAGUCAUGGCACUUGAGAGUGUUAGGGUUUGGUCUAGGGCAAGGGUUGGUGGUGUUUGACAAUCACAUACUGCAACUUUUCCAGAU